AUGAGUCACCCUCUUCUAUCCGACCUAGCACGGCGCAUCAGCCUCCACCCGGGCUGUCGGGUUGAACUUCGCCACCACUGGCCCGCCCCACACUACCACAAAACACCGCAGGAUGUAGCCGAGGAAGCGGAGGAGGUGCAGCGGCGCCAAGCCGCCAGGGCCUCCGCCUCUACCUCCGCCUCUGCCCCCUCCCCCCUCCACACCACGGCCGCAGCAGCAGCGGCAGCGGCAAUGGCGUCGGGUGCCAACGCAGGGGAGCCCUUCAACCCCUUCGAUCAUUUUCGGGUCCGCAGAAGCCCCGUCGCGGCGCGGAAGUCAUCACGGCAUCACAAAAACCAUGGCGGUAGCGAUGCGCACCACACGAAGGGGACCUCCACGAAUCGCCCCUCUGAACCUUUCAGCGACGCUUCGUUGGCACCCGCUGCGGCGGAGGCGAGGAGGCGUAGUCGCACUGGCAGCGGCAGCGGCCAAUGCGCGGCGACGACAGCGUCCUCUGCGACAAAGAAGAAGAAGCGAAAAAAAGGUGUUGCCGCGACGGAGGUGUGCAACCCAACCUCCAUGUCCACGACGACGCUUCCCCCAUCACCGCUCGUGGCGUCUGCGGCGGCGCCCUCUGCGGUGCUGGCCACGACCACCACCACCUCCUCCUCUGGCUCCCCGCUGUCACAACAGCACGGUGGGCAGGGAGGCAAGAGUGGCCAAUCACCGUGCAGCACCAGCCAUCAUAACAGCAACGGCGCCCCCUCAUCCAUUAAGAAACGAACAGCGAAGGAAGCGCACGAGGAAGGACUCCACGGCACACCAGCAUCAACAAAAGCAUUGAAUAGGAAGAAGAAGCUCGAUGCAUCGAAGCCAGCUCAAAGCAGUUCAGCGAAUCGCAGUAGUAGUAGUAGUAGCAGCAGCAGCUGUGUCAAUGACGCCCAUUCUUCUCGGACCAGCAGCAGCAACAGCAACGGCAGCGGCGACGGCUACCGCGACACCCGCUGUGACAGCGAUCUAGACAGCGAUGAACUCGUUCCCUGUCGCGACCCUCUCCACGUACGCCUCCCUCGCAAUCCGGUCCACCGAGCCACCACGAGCGGCGUUCCCCGCCCCUUGCACGUCACGGUGCGCUGGAGCGGUGUGCUGCAGCGCAGACGGCGAUACAACCGGCAACUGCGGAAACGACUGGAGGUGCAGGAGGGGAUGACCGCGUUGCCGCUGCGGCAGGCCACUGUGUCGUCUUCCUGUGAGGAAGCCGCGGGGUCCGAAGCGUCUCCGACCCCCGGCGAUCCGCAUCCACACACGUCAAGCACCGCAUGCAAGCUGCACUUCUCUGCUCGACGUACCAGCAGAGGUGAGACGGGCGGGGAGGGCGAGGAAGGAGGGGCAGAGGACGACAACCUCGACAGCCCCGACCAGCGCGGCCGCGGCAACGAUGAAAGGAUGCAGGACGAUGCGGCAACCGCCACGGCGCCCGCUUUGCAGCCGCCCAGCACCGUCGAUGCGGUGUCCCCGUCUGGCCGCGAUGGGACGAGUGUCGAAGCUCGUCCACAUCAAGAGCAUCCGCAGCAGCGAUCCGCAACGUCGCAACUCUCGCAAAAAGCUUCGGAUGGGCACCGAGAUGCAAAAACCGGACUCGGAGCGGGCGGCACGCGCAGCAGGGCCGACGCCCACGUUGGCACCCACGCACCACCGCCACGCGCCGCGGAUGACGAAGAAUCGUCCUACACAACCUAUACCGUACCGACUACUGCCGCGGCACAACAACAACAGCAGCAGUACUACGCCCGUCAGCCCCCUUGCAAGUCGAUGACGAUGUUCUCGCAGAGCACGGGCACCGUCCCGGGGCGCACCUCCGUCCUGGGCAUGACCUACUCCGAUCUCCCUACCCCGUCCAGCUCCGCCGACCCCUGCGGCGCCACGUCCUCGCAGCGCGGCCACCGCCGUCGGCACAACUCCCUCCUUAUCAUCCGCUCGCCCCCGCAGGACAGCAACUCGGAGACGAUCAUGACCGCCGCCGGGGGGACGUGCUAUUACUACUCCCGCCCGGGCGUGUACAGCCGUGUGAACACCGGCAGCGGCAGCACCAACCUCCGCGUCACCUACGUCACGAACAACAACAACGGCAGCAGCAGUAUCAACACCGGCACGGCGGAAGGGGCAGCCAACUCGCAACAGCAGCAGCAACAGCCUCUGCCGCGGUUGCGUGGGCUAGCGCACGUCCCACGACCCCGCGCCCUCACCAUCAGCGCACAGGGCUACACGGAGAUGGGCAGCCACGGCCAGAUCCGCUCCAGCUCCGGCAGUCCGACCACUGUCGUGGUGCCGGACAGCAGCACGUACGGCGGCGUGCCCGGCGCGAACUUCUCCGCGACCACGCCGCCUGGCUCCCUCCCGUCUACCCCGCUUCAGAUCUCGCCUGGACAGGGUGUCUCCGUGUACACGCACAACACCAACAGCAGCAACAACGUGAGUAGCGCAGCGGGUGUGCGCGGUGCCGCCCCUACCGUAGUCUCACCCGCCGGUCGGCAGUCACCGCCGCCGCUGACGAUGAAGACGGUGAUGCGGCAGCGUCGCCGCUCCUCCCUUCUGCGGCAACAGCAGCUGCAGCAACGAGCACAGCAGCAGCGGCAGCAGAAACAGGAGUCGCCCUUCCUCAGCUUCUUUCCCUCGCCAGAGGCCGUCGCAGCCCACAUGCUGGCGAAGAAGUCGUCCAGCACCACCACCGGAGGACGGGUAACACCGCCGCAGCAGCCGCGGGCGCAAUCCACGGCCGCCUCCUCCACGGCAGGCACCGUCGCUUUCAGCCCUUUGAACGUUCACGUUGCGGCCAACACGCAUUCCUCUUCUCCAUCACCGCGGCCCUCGCGCGGGCCGCUGUCGGUCGACGUGUUGGAAGGAAGUCCACUGCCCUGCGAUUCCGUGCAGCACGACAAGUCCAGCCCACCCUCCGAGGGGAAUGCGGAUCGGUCGCGGCUGACGGACCCGCUCAGCGCACGGCUGACCAAAUCCUACUCUAACGUGACCUUGCAUGAGGACCCGAUGUUGCUCAGCGGCCCGGCGGUACACAACUACCUCGCCAUGCACCCCCAGCGCGACCGCUCGUGGCUCUCCACGCUGGACCGCAGCAGCAGCCUGCAGCUGAUGCGCGUCUCGCAGCCCUACACCUCCCACCCGGAUGUCCCGUCCCUCGCUCCGUACGGCGCGACGGGGGGUCGGGGUGGGAGUCCCUCCGCCACGGCCAACGUGCCCUACGGAGGCGGCCAGGGAGACGAGAGCGUCAGCGGCGGCGGCGGCACGAAUUAUCUGAACUACACGUCCGGCAACCCGUCCGCCACACCGCAGCCGUACGGCGCCACCUUCCGCUCUCCGUCCUUCCCCGCCACGAUGUGGGUCGGCACCGGCGAUACCGAAGCCCAUGACUCCUCCUUGCAGCAGCAACAGCCGUGCAUGCAUCCGCAGCAGCACCAGCCGGGGUCGCCGUUAGGGGUGUGGGCGUACAAUGCGCGGCCCUGCUUCUGCACCCCCAGCGUGAGCAGCGCGUGGGUGGAGCAGACCGGGCUAGGGGCGACGACGACGGCACACGCCGGCCGCACUCCGAUGAUGCCGCACCCGGGCAGUUACCUCGGCUUCACCACGAAUAACCUCUCCUCUGAGCCGGCCACGCCCAUGUUUUUUCCGCAGCAGCAGCGACUCCGCUCGCUCUCCCCACAGCAGCAGCAACCGGGUGCGAGCUACUCCGCUAUGUCCACCCCGCAUCUGACGCAGCUGCCACCGCCUUUCCUGCCAUCCUGCUCGUCGUCUCCAGGCACCGUAGCUGCCUACGGCGCGGCGCGGCGCUCGAACUCACUUCUGCAGUCACUCCCCUUCCCCACCUCGCCCCAUUCCCCCCACGUGCCGGAGAUCUUCUGCAAGCUGCAGCGCUCCGACAGGCAGCGGCUGCGUCGGCGCGGUCCGGUGCUGCCGCCGGGCACGAAAUGCCCUGGCAUGGCCGGCCGUCUCGCCUACGAUGCCUACCGCGAAGCCGUCCGCCGUGGGCUGGUGACGGAGGAGGAAGAGUGCAGCUACUACCUCAGUCAUCACCGCUACUCCGCGACGGCGCCGUCGGCCGGCAAGAAGGAGGAAAGUCUGACCUCGUCGACCACGUCGUCCCCGCAGCCGCGGUCACCAAGGAGGGUGUCCGAGUCGUCGCCGAGUCCACCGGCGGCGCAGCGCAGCCGGCAUCACAGCCUGUUGGCCCCCGCCGCUCGCCCCCUCUGUGUCGUCUCCUUAGCGGACCUCCGCACCACGUCGCCGACACGGCAAAGCAAGCGCAAGAACAAGAAACAUAGCGACAACAACGCGGCACAGACAACGAACGCGACGGCGACGGCUGCCUCGGGAAGCGUCGAUGCAUCAGACAGUGAUGAGCAGCGCAGCAGCAGUCGCAGCAGCAGUGGUAGUCCGGUGUGGCACGGCAGCGACUUGGACGGCUCAUGGAGCAGCCCGCGGUUUCUCUAUCACAUCCCGCGCUGCGGCGACGACCCGUACCACCGCGAUGAGGAGGCGCUGGAGAUGAUCAGCGUGACAACGGCGUCGUCGUGCGCCUUUGGUGCGGGUCUCGAGGGGCUCUCGUGGCGCGAGUGGAUGCCGUCCUCACCGCUGGAGGCGAGGGAGGAGGUGCUGCGCAGUCUCGCGGCGACGAGCGCGUCCUCGUCGGCAACCACCGCGCACACCCUACACAACUCAAGUCACGCCUCGGCCGGGAUGGCCGCCGGCAGCGCACACGGAGCGCAGCUGACCUCCACGAUGGGCGGCAGCUUCAGCAGACGUCUCUCGCGGACCCAGGGGGGUUUCAGCGGGAGUACCAGCUUCAUCGUGCCGCCUGCCGCCGCUGUGGUAGCCGCCGCCGCAUCCAGCUUUUGUGCGGCGCCUGCUCCCACCAGCCCUGACAUGGCAGCCCCGCGCAAUGCGGACGACAUCGAGCUGACGCACACCACCGACAACAACAACAACGGACAGCCGCUACCGCCGCAGCAGCGCACGCAGACCGGGGCGUCGAGCGGAAAUGCCGGUGGCGACCGCAGCACCCCCACCGCUGGCUCGAAGCGCCCAUUUAUUGCGGAGUGGAUCGUGUCGAAGCUGCAGAAGCACAUCGAGAAGAAGCGGCAGAAGAAGUUGCUGAAGCAGAAGAAGCGUGAGGUGGCCGCGAUGGGAGGCGGAGGCGCAGGAGCCGUUCUGCCUCUGCACGCGGAGGAGCACCCACCGCUUCCCAGGGACGCGGCACACGCUCGAGGGGAGAGUGGUGCCCUGCGCGCCCGCAGCGCGACAUCGUCGCUGUCCGAGCACACCGAGGCCUCGUCGCCGCUGAGUGGCAGUCUGGCGCUGCAGCACCGCCACAACACCCCGUCCACGCCGGAGACAAUAGCGUUGGAGCAGCUGCACCGCCGCACGGCCUACCUCGCCGCCGCUUACCAGACGGAGCUCGUCAUCUACGAGCAGAAACGGCGGGAGCUGCUGGCAAACCGGGGCGACAUCAGCGCAUUGGUGGAGCGCAGCCGCAGCCGCAUGACGCCGGAAGCCGCAGCCGCUGGGUACUUCUACGAAGCGCAGGGCGGGGGUGGCGGUGUCGGUGGCGGCCAUGGCGAUGCCCCUCAUCGUCUUGUGCGCCCGCUGCACUCGCCGGAGAAGGACGCCGUCUAUCCACGUAUCACGACCUCCUCCUCCUCCUCGCCGCCGUUUGCCGCCAAAGUAGCCGCCACCGCACGGUUGGAAGACGCAGCAGAAAAGGAGAAUAAGGAAACACAAAAGGGUCCGCGCGGUAGAAAGGGAGGGGUGCGCUACGGCAGCGGAGGUGCGGCCGGCAUCGGCAACUCCGCCUCCUCUUCCUCCACCACCACCUACAGCACCAGCAGCGGCAGCAGCAGCGGAUAUCUUCAGGCGGUCGUCAGCGUCGCCUCACCCGUGCGAACCGAAAUCCCUUCUGCCAACGCACCGUCAAAACCACCUCCAGUUGCGCGGAUGACAGCGAAAAGAGGUGAACACACGGCGGUGGUUGCGUUGGAGAACAGGAAUGUCGCACCGCUACAAGAUCAGCAGAAGCAGAAGCAGCCGCAGAAGCAGUCGAAGGGUGCGCUCACGAGUGCGGAGCAGCGCAAGACGUCGAUGCCGCUGCAGGAGCGGCGACCGCAAACAAAGACGCAGCACCCGCGUGCGGGGGCGGAGAAGGCCGAAACGGAACAGAUGCGCGUGGCGCUGGACACGGUGCGCAUGAAGCAGAAGUCAAUUGAGAGUUGGAUACACGCGAUUCGGCGUCAGUGGUAA